AUGGGCUUAACGCUGAUGCUGGAACAACUCCCGGGGUUUCAUUACCAUCACACGGGGGAGUUUGCCGAACUCUUCUUCGCCCGUCGAUGGCCACAAUUCCCUGUGCUCCACAAACCCGCAUUCAUGAAAGACGUGUACGGGCCCUUCAUCACAGGUGAAACAUGUAAUGGCUUGACCAAGUUCCAAGCAAAUAUUGUCCUAGCCAUAGGCGCGUCCGAAAAAUCGAGAACUGGUCCGGGUGAGGUGGCGGCACACGAUCACUUCUUCGAGGCUGCCAUACAACACUUGGGUGCUGUCCUGGCCUCCGACGAUGUGUCAUGUAUCCAGAGCUUACUCUUACUGUGUAUAUACGGUAGCAACGAGCCUGAACGUGUCGACCUCUGGUAUACGGUAGGGUUAGCUCUACGCUUGGCGCUCGGAAUCGAUAUGCAUCGGCAAGAGACGACCCCAUGCGGCAGCUUUGUGCAGGAAGAGAUGAGCAAACGGCUGUUUUGGAGCAUCUACACGAUGGAUAGAAGUAUUUCCAUAGCCAUGGGCAGACCCACCGGACUGCAAGACGUGGACAUCACCGCCGCCUUGCCGCUGUGCUUGUCUGAUGAUCAGUUACUUCAACCUCGCGAGACAGCUGUCCCCUCAGUCCUACCAAGCCCAGAUGAUCUCUCUACAUUCCUCCACAUUAUUCGACUGCGACGUAUCAAUGCUGAAAUUUACACUGCCCUACACGCAGCGGGCAACGCUCCCGUCGAAGGAACCGACCCUACCAGGUACCACUAUCUCGCUAUGCUGAAUGCAUGGCUUGCCGCAGCACCCAGGUACAUUGGGCCUACGUCAAUGCACCAGACAGCUGAAUGGCAGCAAAUCGCCUAUCAUCAAGCCGUGUUGACUCUCUUCCGUCCCUCUUUCGUUUCUCCCGUCGUCUCAGUCGACGGGAUGCGGCUCUGUGCGGACUCGGCAAUCAGCCUUGUCAGCUGCUACCACUCUCUCUACGCCAAGAACAAGGUCUCUUAUACCUUUGUCGCCCUCGUCUCACUUUUCAUGGCGGCCAUCACGAUCCUCUACGUUCUCCGAGCCAGCCCGUUGCUGCGUCAAGAACUGACAAGGGAGGUGACGCAGUCAAACGUGGCCUCCUGCGCUGCUGCCCUCCGGCGAAUAUCAGGCGGUCGGUCUGUGGGCGAGCGAAGUGCGCAGAUUGUCGAGAGGCUUGGUAAGUCCAUUCUCGCCCUCUUCGAGACGACUGAAACUGUCGAUGAGGAGGUGGAUACAGAGUUCAUGUCAUGGUUUGGCCUACGGUGUCAACAGCCCUCCGUUGAGAGUCAGACAACGCCGAGUAUUGACGUAGCGUGGAUUGACUUACUGGAUGAGGGAUUUGACCUCCGGAACAACUUUUACUCUGAUGCCUUUAUUUAG